GCCUUUACACAUCUGCUUUCUCUGUUGUGGCUCCUGCCUUGGGGAAUGGCCUGCCCAAGGAGGUCAAGCAAAGCUCCCACUCUCCUGGCUUUCUGCAAACUAUGCAAAACUGAACUAUUGAAGAGGGCUUUUCUAAACAGGUAAUAGGGUUGAACUGCACAAAAUAGUUUUACAGACUUAUUUGGAUAAAUGAUUAGAGACUGUUGGUCUGUAUGGCUGUAUAUAAUUACGAGUGUUACUGGGCUCAAAUCUGCAAACCAAUAUGGCUACCCUCUGAAAGUAACUAGAAGAAGAAGAGAUUGGAUUUGAUUGGAUGGAAGUGUCUCAGCUGCAGUAGAAGAAGGUGCUUGGAUCUAGAACAGAGCUGCUGGUAAGCUGGAAGAACCAUGGAUUGCUGGAGGAAAAUACAUAGCAGGGGUUGGAUUUUCCCCACCUUGAUCCUGUGCAUAUAUGGCUUCUUUGCCAUGAUGAGACCAUCAGAGUUUUUCUUCACACCAUAUCUAACAGGACCUGAUAAAAACCUGACCAUUGAGGAGGUAACACAGAAAGUUCUCCCAGUCUGGACGUACUCCUACUUGGCUCUGCUGUUCCCUGUGUUUCUGCUUACAGACUACCUACACUACAAGCCUGUCAUUUUCAUCCAGGGAAUUAGUUUAAUUAUUACUUGGCUGUUGCUUUUAUUUGCACAUGGUGUGCGGGCCAUGCAGCUGGUGGAGUUUAUCUUCGGAAUGGUGACUGCUACAGAGGUGGCCUACUAUGCCUACAUAUACAGCGUUGUCAGUGUUGACCAUUACCAGAAGGUGACAAGUUAUUGCAGAAGCAUUACUUUGAUAUCAACUACAGCAGCUUCCUUGCUGGGGCAACUUUUAGUCUCUUUAGCCCACGUGUCUUAUUUUUAUCUGAAUGCCAUAUCAUUGGCUUCUGUCUCCAUGGCGUUUAUAACUUCAUUCUUUCUUCCAAUGCCACAAAAAAGUAUGUUCUUUCAUGGAAAGUCUUCCCCAGACAUAUCAAUUGAGCCAACAGAUAAGAAUCCACCAGAUACAGCCAACCAGCCAAAAAACCAACAGGGCAAAGAUCUUAGGACAACAUCUGAGAACUCUCAGAAAACUCACCAACUGUUCAAAAACCAAGACCCAAAACACUUUCUGGCAGUGCUUGUGCAACUAUGCAAGGACUUGAAGGAAUGCUACACCACGAAGAAACUUCUUUAUUGGUCAAUAUGGUGGGCAUUAGCCACUGCAGGCUUUAGCCAGACCGUGAAUUACAUUCAAGUGCUAUGGGAUCAUAAAGCACCUUCCCAUAGCUCUGCAGUUUAUAAUGGAGGUGUGGAAGCAAUAGCGACAUUUCUAAGUUCAAUAACAUCACUGGCUGUGGGUUAUGUAAAACUGAACUGGGAUCGAACAGGGGAACUGGCAUUGGGAAUCUUCUCUGCACUAGAUGCUGGUUCACUCUUCUUGAUACAUUUUACUCAGAACAUCUGGGCCUGCUAUGCUGCCUAUCUAGUUUUCAAGGCAUGCUACAUGCUACUGAUAACCAUUGCAACAUUUCAGAUCGCUGUCAGUCUCAGCAUGGAACGCUAUGCUUUAAUAUUUGGAUUCAACAACUUCGUUGCAGUGCUAAUUCAGACUGUUCUGACAGUUACAGUGGUAGAUUCCACAGGGCUAGGACUGGAUGUUGGGACUCAGUUCCUCAUAUAUGGCAGCUAUUUUGCUGCAAUAGCUGGGAUUUUUCUAAUUAGAAGCAUUUACACUAUUAUCUCAAUCAAAUGCCAAAAGAACAUUGCUCAAAAUCUAAAGACAAAUGAAGAAGAUCAGAACAUCAAUGGCUAUGCCACAAGAUUGUGAUUGUGACUGAACAGCUGUACAAAAGGAAGGAUAUUGGGCUAUUCUAUAUGAAAUUACUAAGGCACACACAAAAAAGGCUGCAUAAAAAUCACUGAGCCAAAUUAUUAUCCAGUUUAACAGAUUAAUCUUGCGGGAGGAAAAAAAGAAUACAGUAUUUAACAGAGCAGCAAACCAGUCCCUAUUUACCUCAAAGUUGUGAAAACACCACACAAUGUUCAAGUUAUACUAUCUAGCAUAUUUAAUAUUUACAGAUUUGACGCAUUGUAGCUCCCCAACCCACCAUGGCUUAUUGUCUGGGGUAUGUGAAAAGGGACCCCUGAAUAAUUUAUGAAUACUCCUAUAAUAAAAAUAAAUGAAAAUAUGUUUUUUGCCUUCAAAAA